AUGCCUUAUACACCGCCCUCUCACCAAUCACCCGCCUCGUCUAAGACGACGAGCCCGGCUAUGAGCCGCUCAUCAUCAUUCAGUGCAGAGAGCUCAGGAACACGAUCUCCCGCCUCACCAAGACCUGCACUUCCUCGUUCAGUAUCAUCGACAACCUACCUGAACAAGCAACGACGAGGUCCUUCAAUCUCUCAACAAGAGCCAGCUGGUCUGCCGCAAUCACCUGUUGGCGACGACGAGUCUAGCACUGUCCGUCACAUCGAGGGUGUCAUCUCUAACAACGGUAGCAUCCGCCAGUCACCUUCUCCUGUGAACAAUCUGUUGAUUCCGACAGGUGCCAUCUUGUCACCCCCAGACUCGUCUGAAAAUUCCGAUGGCGAAGACGGUGCCGACACACCAAGGGGACGUAACGGUUUUUCUCACAACUGGGGUGAACUAGAACAGGCCGUGCGGUCCAUCGAGCUUAAGCGGGAAGGAUCACCUGCAAGGGGUGGUGUCUCUUUCUCAGAACCUACCACCACCAUUCACUCACCCACAGCACUGAGCGCCACAGCACGCAAGAUCUCUCACUCGAGGUCAUCCACGGAAACAGCAAUCAUCAUCCCUGACCGUAUCGUUACUGAGUCACCGUCAGAGGAAAGUGACGAUGAUGACGAAUUGCGUGUCAAGCCUCCGCUUGUAAGAAAGAAGUCUGGCGAACUGGUCAAGCCUGCUCUUAGACCGUCUUCAAGACGCAGAUACUCAAGCAUGCCUGGCACCCCUACUUACUCCAAGUCGGUCCACUUCAAUGACAACGGUAACCAAACCAGACACUUCCUGCAGGUCGAGAAGCCGUCUGCUAUCAGUGCCGGCUCCUCGCCCGUCGACACGUACGAUGAGGAGAAUGAGUACCCUUUCGAAGGCAGGGACAACUCCAACAAGACUGAGUGGAACCUCAGGCUAGCAAACUUUCCCGAGGAUACCCAUGAGCGUAAGCAUCAACCCGUCCGUGUCGAGAAGGUCUACCUUUCAACCGACACCAAGACACUGAUCGGCACUGUCGCUGUGGCAAACAUCUCAUUCCAAAAGCAUGUCGCUGCUCGCUUUACUCUUGACUACUGGAAGACGACCUCUGAGGUAAUGGCCGAGUAUGACAACGAUGUCCGCAAGCAGAACCCUCACGACGGUUAUGACCGCUUUACAUUCAACAUUCGCCUCUCUGAUCAAGCGAACCUGGAGAACAAGACACUGCUAUUGUGUAUUCGUUACAACUCUGGAGGCCAGGAACAUUGGGACAGCAACAACGGCAUGAACUACCAAAUCGACUUUGUCAAGAAGUUGGCAAAGUCAGCUUCGACAAGCUCUCUGUCCUCUCUUCCUUCUUCAAGACCUUCACGCAACACCAUUCCCCGUAGCAGACACUCACCUCCUGCAACGUCAAUGCGUCAGGAGCGUAGCCUCUUUGGUGACGAAGACUUGCUUUCCAAGAGCUCGACUUACCACUUCGGUUCCCCGGAAAAGCUCACUGGUGACCAUGCUGCCCAGCCUCAAGUCAAGCUGAAGCCUCGCUCCAAGAGAGUGGAUCUUACUCGUGCUGGCUCUGCCCCUGCCAAUGGUCUCGGUGGGAGAUACGACUUCGGAGCAUCGCUUAGUGCCGCCUUGUCGAAUGCUCAGGAUAAGCUCGGAAAGCAAAGUGGAUUACUUCCUCACACCCAGUCUUCUUCCCAGUCUCAGGGGCACUACUUCUCACCCAGGGUUGCCAGUGAGGUCAAACCUGUGGUCCCGGAGCGACCAGACGCUAUAACCACCGAUAGACCCGCCAUCGGAUCCCAGCAAUACAAAGACCUCGUGAACAAGUUCUGCUACUUCACUCCUGGAUCUUCGGGCAAAUCAUCACCUUCGCCUCAAAGCAGUUCCGGAUCGAAGCCUAGCAGCACCGACGGCUCUGGUGACGGUGCAUCGCCGAACGAGUACAGCCCCCAAUCUGGGUCUGUUACUCCUACGCCACCUCAAAGCUUGUCGCCUUUCCUCGACGGUGCAAACGACGGAUUGACUAGCUGCAACGAUAUCAGCAAGUUGAUCUCCCGGUCGGGCUCACCUGCAUCGAUCAGCAACAGCAACAAUUAUGUUGCACGAGCUUACAGCUACCCCUACGCAAGGGACGGAUAUCUUUCGGAAUCACAUACCCCGACCGCCAUCCGUGGCUGA